AUGUCAGGAUAUAAUCAACCACCAGGAUUAGGUAAAACAGAAUGGGAAGAUAUUCAAAUUAGAUUGGGUAAUAUGAAGGCUCCACCAAAGAAGUUGUCAGAGGAUGAAUUGUUUGAUCUCAUUCAAGAGGCUGCUUCGAUGGCUGCCGAACAAGAGAAACAAGACAAGUUAAACAAUGCUACUCUUGAUGAAAUAGAUGAAAUGAAAGAAGAUGCAGAUGAUGAUGAAGAAAUGACUCUUGAAAAGAUUAGAAAAAAGAGAAUAGCAGAGAUGAAAAAACAAGCAGAAUUAAACAAGUUUGGUGAAGUCUAUCAUAUUACAGAACCAUCAUACAAAAGAGAAGUAACUGAAGUUAAAAAUAUUUUUGUUAUUGUUCAUCUCUUUAAUCAAGGUAUUCCACAUUGUCAAUUAGUAAAUGAUUGUUUAAAUCAAUUGGCACCAAAAUUCAAAGCAUGUAAAUUUGUAAAGAUUAGAGCCGAGGAAGCUAUUCAUGGAUACCCAGACAAGAAUCUCCCAACUAUAUUAAUCUAUCGAAAUGGUGAUAUUGUCAGUCAACUCAUUACUCUGAGAGCUCUUGGAGGUGAUAAUAUGACAUUGAACGACUUGGAAUUUGCACUCGCUCAAUCCGGUGCCAUUAAAUCGGAUUUGGAGAAAAACCCUAAAACUGGAAAGGUUGAAGACCCAAGCAAAAGAGAUACUACUCCUAUCAACCUUGGCAAGAAAAAGUAUUAUGAUUCUGAUGAAAGUGAUGAAGAUGAUUAA